UUGGGUGUGUAUGUUGUGUACAAUUGGUGUCUUCACCCACUCUCUUCCGUGCCCGGCCCUUUGGUUGCCCGCCUGGGCUUCCCGUUCUGGUUUUCAUGGCAAGCAUGGAAACGUAAUUGUGGUCCCGCGUUGAAAGCUCUUCACGAUCUUUAUGGUGAUACUGUGAGGGUAGGUCCGAACUCAGUUAGCACCAUUGAUCUCGAUGCCGUGCGCACCAUCUAUGCGCAUGGAAGCCAAUAUAAAAAGUCGAAUAUCUACUCUGCUUAUCGUAAGCAGGGCCCAGUGCCCAAUAUCUUCUCUCAAAGAGAUGUCAGCAUACACAACGAGCAAAGGAGGGAGCUUGCACCAGUCUUCAACAAGGCCUCCAUCGUUAAAUUAGAGGAAUACAUUGAGCCAUGCAUUACCAUGCUGACCGAUCAGCUGGAUCGUAUACUUCAACAAACGCCAAGGCCUACCUCUCCGGUAAACUUGUCUUCGUGGCUUCACUUCUUCACAAUGGAUGCUAUUGGAGAAAUUGCGUUUGGACAGGAUUUCUCGCUUUUACGUGACGGAACGGACACCAACGGUCUCCUGGCGGGUACCGCCACAGGACUGCGUCUGACUUCAAUUGCUUCGACUCUCCCAUGGCCAUACCCCUUCUCGUCAAUGCCCAAGUCAUUGCUAUUCAUGCUAAUGAGUCUCUUCGCCAAACACUCAUCGCUGGUGGUGUUCAAGAAAAGCGCAGAAAUCGUCUACAAGAGAUACAAUCCUGCACAGAAUAUCACUCAUCGAAAAGAGGAAGUCAGGGAAGACAUGAUUGGCCAAUUCAUGAAGCUCAGGUACAAGUCUACAGGCGAGAAAUGGUCGAGAGAUCAUGUCCAAAUCGAGACCCUUAAUCUCAUGGCAGCAGGGCCGGACUCUACAGCUGCCGCUCUCUCGGUGUUUUUCCACAACAUACUGACAAGUCCGAGAGUUUACGACCAGCUACAAGCCGAAAUUGACACGGCGGUGGAGGAUGGUCUUCAGUUUCCGGUGACGUAUGCACAAGCAAGUAAAUUGGAAUACCUCCAAGCAUGCGUGAAGGAAUCUCUUCGAGUUCUUCCCAUCACUGGAAUGAUCCUGGAUCGGGUCGUACCUGAAGCCUCGGAUGGGCUGAUUGUCAAAAUCGGGAAGUCUUCAUAUGACUCGCCAUCAGAGCGGAUGGUCCGCCUUCCUGAAGGCAUCAAUGUAGGGGCUUGCCCUUUCGUUUUCCAGAGGUCAAAGAGUAUAUUUGGCGAGGAUGCGGAGGUAUUCCGCCCGGAAAGAUGGCUGGAGGCAAGCCCGGAGGAGCUGACGGCAUUAGAAAGAUGGAUCAUCACUUGGGGAUUGGGCUCCAGGACUUGUUUAGGAAAAGGCAUCGCCGAGAUGGCGAUUUCCAAGGUUUUGCCGACACUCUUAUGGCGCUAC